AUGGAUGUGCAGGAGAUCUACGAGACCCUCGAUGACAUAGGUUUUAUACCUACAGAGGAAGGGGAGGAGAAUGAUGCGUACAAGCAUACACUACGGAAGCUAGACGCAUACUUCACACCGACGCUGAAUGUGCCGUACGAGAGACAUGCAUUUCGUUCGCUAAGAGAAAUGGAAGCUGUGGACGAGCAAUCAAAGCGAAUGGAGGCGUCCAGCACAGUGAAUCAGAAGUACAGUGUUGGUGAUGUAAAUGCAAUUGUUGAAGUAGGAGACCGAGCAGCAGAGGCCGAGUUCAUAGUAAUUAUAGGAAAAGGUCGAUCUUUGAUGAGUAAAGCUACUGCAGAGAAACUCGGUGUAUUAAAAAUAGGCGUAAAUGUCAACACUGUGCAAAGCGAGAAACUGACACUAGAAGAUAUCAAACAGCGCUACCCGACAGUCUGUGAUGGAAUUGGAAAACUGAAGGGCUAUCAAGCCAAGAUUCACAUAGAUCCCAAUGUCAAACCGGUGGCACAGAGCCAAUGUCGGAUACCAUUCGCUAUGCGUGAGAAGUUAGAGGCGAAAAUCCAGGAACUGUUAAAGGAUGGCAUCAUCGAGCAGGUAGAGAGACCGACACCAUGGAUAUCACCCCUGGUGAUUAUCCCGAAGCCAUCAGGCAAUAUCAGAGUCUGUGUUGAUAUGCGACAGGCGAAUACUGCGGUGAUACGGGAACGGCCUCCUAUUCCGACGGUAGACGAAGUCCUUCACAGGAUGAACGGCAGUACCGUGUUCAGUAAAAUUGACCUGCGUGCUGGUUUUCACCAGAUCGAGUUAGAGGAACAGUCACGUGUUAUCACAACAUUUGCGUGUCAUCUUGGUAUAUUCCGCUAUAGAAGAUUAAUGUUCGGAAUUUCCUCCGCACCAGAACUGUUUCAGCAUAUUGUGCAUCAGGUGUUAGCUGACUGUGAGGGUGUGGAGAACAUAUCGGAUGACCUAAUUGUCCAUGGAGACGGAGACGCAGAGCACGAUGCACGUUUAAUACGUGUGAUCGAGACGCUUGUAAAGAAUGGCCUGACAGUGCACAUGGAAAAGUGUAUUAUUCGAUUACAUGAGCUGGAAUAA